GGGGAUAUCACCGUUAUCUCUGUCUGAUCACUUCCCAAUCUCAGCACGGCUGUUCUCACCAUUCCUUUUCUGAAUGAGGAGGAGUUGAAGUGCAGGAGGAACCAGAGCACAGCAGGAUCUGGACCCUGGCUCCUGGCAUCUGGAGCAGCACGCUGCAUGCUGAUCACCCCCCUGGAAGUAGCAUAAGACUUUAUCACCAAGGGACCAAAGAUCUCAUUUUUCACGAUAGAUCUCAUUAGUUUGUUUUGCUGCCUUCUGGUUUUGCCAUAUAUCAUCAAUCUUCUCUGGCAGAUGCCAGGUCUCUCUAAAACUACAUCCCUGCAUACACAACAAUGCCCACGGGUAAUAGGAAACUGGGGUUUCAAGAGAAAACCCGAUCCCAGUGCUAGAUAAUAGCAGUUUCCUAAAUAAAUGUGUGGUUGCCCCAAGGGCUGAGCUUGCUGCCAGAUGCACCUUUUUCUGAUUGGUGAGAGCAGCAAAUGACGCUUCGUGGCAUAUAAGUGCAAGAGAAAACACGGCAGCACGGGUAAGUGGAUCCAACGAGCAGCGGCAGAGGAGAGUUGCAAAGGUGCUAAAGCAGCUGCUUGCCAUGGCUUUUGGAAUGCUCAUCUACAUUUUGCUGAAAGCAAUGGGGGCACUGAGUGAGGAGGCGGCUCUCACUGCUUCAUCCCUCAGCACAGAACUGUGGAAUAGCUGGACGAAAAACAACACUGAAGUAGAGUAUGCAGAGCAACCAAGGCUCCUGAAGCUCAUGCAGACCUGUCUGGAGGAACACCACAGUUAUUGCAUCAACGGGCUCUGUGCUUUCCACAGUGAACUGAGGAAACCCAUAUGCAAGUGCCUUGCAGGUUACAAUGGAGAGAGGUGUGAACAUUUAACACUGAAUUCCUAUGCGCAUAAUUCUUAUGAGCGCUACAUUGCUGUGGGAAUUGGCAUAGGGAUACUCACAAGUGGGAUACUUGCAAUCAUCUACUGCUAUGUAAGAAAGAGAUGCAGGAAAUUGAAAUCUCCCUACAAAGUCUGCAUGGGAGAGACAGCGCUGUGAAGCCCUGGCAUCAAGAUGCUUACCAGUGUGUCUGUAAACAAGAGGCAGUUCUGUUUGGAGGGCCACUCCACGCAGUCUAGCAGUGCCCCAGCCUCGCUGAGGGGAUGAAAUAAAGGGAAUGACAGAGUGAGAGCAUGAAUGGAGCUCCUGCAGAACUGAUGGGCUCCGUUUGCUUCUGAAGAAAGACUUACUGUUUUUAGAAAAGGUUGCUAGAUGAGCGGGUCAGAACAGCGGAGAAUUAUUGUAGCCUUCUCGAGCCUUCUCAGCGUUCUCCUGUGCUUCAGAUUUGCUGAGGGGGAGGACUGACUUCUUUCACCUAUUUUCAGUCAUUUCGAGCCCCCAUUUCAGAGUAUUCUGUUCUGCUCUUUUCUGUCUUUGUUUGGUUUUUUUUCCUUCCCCUUUCUGCUCUGGAGGAGAACAACAACCUUGUUUCACAAUGGAACUGUAUUCUGAGCAUCACGUGCUGAUGAGAAGCUGUCUGGAUUCUGCUGUCACAACGUUGACUGCCAUUCAAAAGGAACUGGACAUCUUUCUUCCAAUGGAUUACUGAGUGCACUCACAACAAAGAACACAACUCCUCCCAAACAUCAUAGGGUGGCUCAUUACAUUCCUGAAACCUAAAGCAAACCUUGCCUUGCUGCACUGUGAUUUUAGAGCGAGACUCUAGUUGCUACAGAAGCUGGAAUUAUGUUAUGACAUUUAGUAGAGCUUUGCCAAGGAAGCAGAACCGCUUCGCUCCUUUCUCAUAUAUUACACACACAAUGUGGUCACUCAAAUAAGAAAGAAAUGAGCAUAGAGAUUUUGUUCCACCCCACCCAGACAGGUUAUUUAUUAUCAGGUGCUUGUUUUGCUUCAUCUUCCCUGAAGAGAAGUGCAAAGGCAAGAAAAGAAGAUUUUGUUCAAGGAGAGGGGAAGAAAAUUGUUUCCAAUGAUGAUGACCCUAACUGUGAUUUCUCACUGACAUUUGGAGUUACCUGCCAAUGCUAGUGGGACUGGAGAUGGCUCUCAUAUACUUUUUCAUUUCAGCUGUUGCACAUUGUAGACACAUCUUCCAUGCUUAGUCACCUACAAGGAAAAGACAGUUAGGUACCUCGGCAAUCUUUGUGACUGUUAUAGAAUGAUACAGGCUCCUAAUUUAAGUGAAUUGCUGGGAAGUUUCAUUUCUUUUUCCGUGAGUUUGUCUUUACCAAAUGAUGAAUAUGAUUUCUUUAUUAAAACAAAA